UGCCAACACCUGGGGAAACACAAGGACCCACCUGGGUACUGCUGGGCAAAGGCAACACGGAAACCGCGCAGCGCUGGGGUUGUGGGGAGCGCUUGGAGCGGUGCUGGCUGGAGGGUACUGAAUCACUGAAUCCUGCCCGGGUAUUGGGUCCUGUCGGGACAUGGCCGCACACAGAGCAGGGCUGUUCCUGUCCCUGCUGCUGAGCAUCGCCGCGUUCGAGCUGGCGCUGGGGACCACAGCAGUGGGUGUGACAGUGCCAAAAUCCACAGAGCCCCCCGUGUCGCUGCUCAGCACCGCAGCCACCACUCCUCCCUCCAGCCCGGACACAGAAGCCCCCACCUCAGUGAUGCCCAGCACACAGACAGAUGCCUCCAUGCUCAGCACUGUGACAACCCAGGUGACCACCACCUCAACUUCAACCUCCACAGCCAUGACACGGACCUGGGCUGACACCACCACUGGUGCAUCAGUAGAGACCAGCACAGCAACAGCUCCCACCAUACCAGAACAGCCAAAUUCUUCAGCUGAGUCCUCCACAGCCCUAGUGGGCAUCACAACCACCUCCAUCAGCAGCACAGUGCCUCCCAGGAGCACUCUCACUCCCAGCCAGACACUGGGGAGCACAGCUAGGACGAGCUCUGAUAUCUCCACCAUAACUCUACAGACAGGUGCCUUCACACACAGCACUGCAACAACUCAGAUGACCACCACCACUCCAAGCCCAGAACUCGUCUCCACCACCCCAAGCUCAACCUCCACAGCCAUAGCAACCACAUGGGCUGAGACCAGGUCUGGCACAUCAGCAGGGACUAGCACAGCCCCAGCUUCAACCAUUAAUUUGGCAGCAGCUGAAACAACUACAUUGCCUUCCUCCACCUCCAGCCCUCUGCCCCACACCUCAGUGGACACCACUCUUGGCACAAGUGCCAUCAGCACACCCCUAUGGACCAGCAGUGCCCCAGAACAGUCAGAUUCUUCAACUGAGUCCUCCACAGCCCUGGUGGGCAUCACAACCACCUCCAUCAGCAGCACAGUGCCUCCCAGGAGCAAUCUCACUCCCAGCCAGACACUGGGGAGCACAGCUAGGACCAGCUCUGAUAUCUCCACCAUAACUCUACAGACAGGUGCCUUCACACACAGCACUGCAACAACCCAGAUGACCACCACCACCACCACCACCACCCCCCCAAGCCCCCUCUCUACAAUCACAGCAUCCACCUGGGCUGAGAUCACAUCAGCAGGGACCAGCACAGUCCCAGCUCCCACCACACCAGCACACACAGCUGAGCCCUCCACAGCCCUGGUGACCACCAGCACCACCAGCACCACC